GCUUAAGGGCAACUUAAGGGCAGUGACAUCUAGGCAGUGCGGCUUCGCAAUAUGCGAAUUCUUAGAAAACUGUGGAAUGCUUUGCUCUUCUUCAGCCUCACAGCCGCUUACAACGUGCCUCUGUUGUACAAAACUGAUGCCCAAGGCUGUAAUUUGGGCUCGAUAUUUUGCGAGUUGCUUCUAUCCUGUUGAGAGUCGGUGCUGCACGGUGUGCACGUGGAUGCCAUAUGCAUGCUGUAAUUCCCUCACUUAUAAUCCAUUAAAACUUCACAGAUUCUGCAGUAUUUUCUUGACCUCCAGCACACAUCUUGUUCUCAAGUGUUGGCUUGAAUCCGUCCCUCAGUCAUAUGUCAACAUUUGUCCCUGGCCAUUUCAACGACCACCUUCCACCCUUGGGAGAGGGCCCGAGCCACCCAGAACGAACCCAGGGCACAGGACUCGUGAUCAGUGAAACGCUGCAAGUUGUCGUCAAUACAUUUUUGGCGACACUUUAUUUCGUCAUUAAUCUCUUGUUUGUUUUUGCGACAGACACCAUGCCAGACCCGCUCAAUGAUACCCUCCAAGCCUUAGGUGAGGAGCCAGGCCAACUAGAACAACCCCAGGAUCCGGGAGAGACAAACCUCGUGAUCAGUGAAAUGCUACAAGUCGCCAUUAACACUUCGGGUGAGGAGUCUAGCCACCCAGAACACACCCAGGACCCGGGAGAGAUGCACCUCAGUGGUGUGCAACAAGUCAUCAUUACUGCCAUUCGCGCAACUGAUCUCGCUCUUGGUCUCCGACGGAUCCCCGCUGGCUUCCAUGCGGUGGUCAAGGCUGGCAGUGCCGAAUACCAGACAAGGAAUAAGUCUGUAUACGUAGACCAGGCUUUCGUCGAAUGGCACGAGCGCAUUCUUCUGCCGUGCGAGCCUUCUUCUAAAGUUCAGGUCAGCGUGUAUGCCUCAUUUGAACUCGGUCUCAUGCUCUGUCACGGAGAACUCCUUUGCACAUUCGAGAUCUCUGUCGGAGAAUUACUGGAUCGCAGCGAAAAAUCGCAUCCCAUAAUCUUUCAGCCAAUGCAGGAGGAAGUUGUAUCCGCUUGUACUUCACUAUUCAUGACAGUGGAGCAGCGACUGGCUGAUGAAAACGACACCAGAGUUCUUUGCCCCCUUACUACUCUUACAUCCCACGAUAUGGACGCGUUAGCGCUAAAGAUGAACGCCGGACAUCGUCUUCUCGCACAAUACCGCAGGAUGCAGAACAGUAGGGAUCUCGACCAAUCCAUAAGCCACUUUGAAUGUGCCUCGGAUCUCUGCCCCUUGGAUCAUCCCUAUCGCCCUGCAGUGCUAUUCAAUCUAGCCACUGCAAAGUUUGUUAGUUUCCGAGCUAACGGGACACACCUCGACCUCGACACAUCUAUCUCUCUUUUCCAAGGCAGUCUUGAUUUGCGUUCCACUGAUCAUCCGGACCGAACCGUCACGCAACUCCACCUUGCCAUUUCUCUGUUGUCUCGCUUCGCAAAACGGGGAUUUCAGACGGAUGCUAAUGCAGCUGAAGAGUUACUGAGCGAAGUGCUCGAUGUCUGUCACGCCAACAGCCACAUUUACAGAGCAGCUUUGAUCGCAAUCGAAACAUUUGCUCUGCAUUCUGCUGGAAGCAUUGAUGCAAAUGAUCUUGGGCAGGAGCAGCCCGCCACAUCCCUAUUUCCGUUAUCACCGCAUCAACUUGCUGAUCGAGCAGGGCGGUGUUUGCAGAGAGAUGAACCACAUGCCUUAGAUGAAGUGAUAUCCCUUCAUUAUGAUGCACUGGGAUACUACAACACCGGGCAUGCUCACCGAGGGGGAUUGUUGGGUAAUUUGGCUAUAAUGCUGCGGACUCGCUUUAAGUGUCGAGGCAAUGACAAAGACUUGGAUCAGGCUAUCGUACUUCUCAGGGAAGCGCUGGCCUUACGCCCGGUCGGUCACCCAGAUCGAUCCAUGUCAUUAAAUAAUCUUGCGAAUCAACUCUCCACCCGCUUUGACCACCGAGGCAAUGACGAAGACUUGGAUCAGGCUAUCGAACUUCACAGGGAAGCACUGUCCUUGCACCCGGUCGGUCACACACAUCGGUCCACCUCAUUAAAUAACCUCGCAGUUCGACUCUCCGUGCGCUUUGAGCACCGAGGCAACGACGAAGACUUGGAUCAGGCUAUUACACUUCACAAGGAAGUGCUGGCCUUGCACCCGGUCGGUCACAAAGAUCGGUUCAUGUCAUUAAAUAAUCUUGCGAAUCAACUCUCCACCCGCUUUGAGCACCGAGGCAAUGACGAAGACUUGGAUCAGGCUAUCGAACUUCACAGGGAAGUGCUGGCCUUGCACCCGGUCGGUCACACAGAUCAGUACAAGUUUUUGCAUAACCUUGCCAAUCACCUUUCCAUCCGCUUUGAGCACCGAGGCAAUGACGAAGACUUGGAUCAGGCUAUCGCACUUCAGAGAGAAGCGCUGUCCUUACUCCCGGUCGGUCACACAGAUCGGUCUAGGUUAUUAAAUAACCUUGCAAGUAAACUGUCCACCCGCUUUGAGCACCGAAGCAAAGACGAAGACUCAGAUCAGGCUAUCGCACUUUACAAGGAAACGCUGAUCUUGCACCCGGUUGGUCACACAGAUCGGUCCAUGUCAUUAAACAACCUUGCGGUCGAACUCUCCGGUCGCUUUAAGUACCGAGGCAAUGACGAAGACUUGGAUCAGGCUAUCGCACUUCAGAGAGAAGCGUUGGCCUUACACCCGGUCGGUCACACAGAUCGGUACAAGUCAUUAAGUAACCUUGCGGAUCAACUCUCUACCUGCUUUAAGCACCGAGGCAACGACGAAGACUUGGAUCAGGCUAUUGCACUUCAGAGGGAAGCGUUGGCCUCGCACCCGAUCGGUCACAUAAAUGGGUACAGGUCAUUAAAGUACCUCGCGAAUCGACUCUCCACCCGCUUUGAGCACCGACACAACAAAGAAGACCUAGACGAGUCACUAGAGAACUUGCGAUGUGCAUUGACUCUGUUGACGCAACAUGAUCCUCGUCAGAUAGCAGUCCAUAAGUCGCUAGCUGAUGUCUAUCUGUCAUUCCAUCAUUCAGGGCUUGACGUUACCACCGUGGGUGAAGGUAUAGACAAUCUCAACGCUGCUAUGCAUCAUCUCCAGGCAGCAGCAAAUGUUGUCUCUGGAGGCUUGCUAUCCCGCCUGCAAGCUAGUUUAACCUGGGUGCACCAUGCUAGUCGACAUUCACAUGCCACUGAACUAGAGGCAUAUGCAACUUCCAUGCAACUUCUGGACGCUUAUAUGUCUAUGACAGCUUCAGUAUCGUCUCGUCAUAGGGCCAUGAAGGACUUCACACGUACACUUGCCGUGGAUGCUGCUUCAUGUGCUCUUCAUAGUGGUGAUGUGUGUCGUGCUGUUGAGUUGUUGGAGCAAGGCAGGACUGUCAUCUGGACUCAGGUGACACGAUUUCGCACGCCCCUUGAUAGCCUCCAGACAAGCGGCAACCACGCAGCGGCCCUGGUGAAGAAAUUCCAAAACCUCAGCUCUCUCCUCGAUACACCUCCUACGGACGAUCCAAAAGCAGCCUCAAGAGUCGAUGUAGAAGCAGAAGAAGCUCGGUAUAGACGUCUGGUGGAGAACUGGAAUAGAGCUGUAGAAGAGAUCCGGAAGAUCGAGGGCUUCUCUCGCUUCCUCCUUCCCCCCUUAUUCUCUGAUCUUCUGGAUGCAGCUCGUGAUGGGCCUAUCAUCAUGCUCAUCGCAAGCAAUUCGUCUUGCCACGCCAUUAUCAUCCUGCACAAACAUUCUCCGAUUAGCAUCCAACUUCCUACCGAUUUUUCCAAACUCACCAAAUUGGUACUUGCAUUCCGAGAAGCGGUUAGAAAAGAGGCCGGGCCUAAAGGGAACCAACCAGCGCUGAUAAAAGCUUUGAGAGAGUUGUGGAACGACAUAGUAUGCCCAGUGGUCGAGAAUCUAGACGAAUUUGCGCAACGAGGUUCCCGAAUAUGGUGGUGCCCAACGUCCCUCUUCAGUUUCUUACCGCUGCAUGCUGCUGGAGAGUACAGGGCAAGGGGAAAGUCCCUUUCGCAGCAAUAUGUCUCUUCAUACACACCAUCGCUCACUGCGCUAAUGAAGGCUCGCGGAAGUUAUGACAGGUCCCCGUCAGUGCCCUUUGUUGCCAUCGGUCAGGAUUGCCCAGCCGGUGCCGAAUUCAUUUUGGAUGCUGUGGAGUUUGAGCUGGAAUUGGUGCGGGGACUUUUGCCCCCUCCCCCAACUGUUUCCUUCUCCAAGAUUACCAGCAUUGAUGCCACGAAAUCGAGAGCAUUGUGUGCAUUGCGAGAUAAUACUUGGCUUCAUUUUGCGUGUCACGGGAAACAGGAACACAAAGAACCCUUCAAGUCAGCCUUUCUCAUGCGCGACGAACCGCUUUCACUUCUCGAUAUCACACAAACGGAUCUGUCUCGGCAUCAAUUUGCAUUUCUUUCUGCCUGUGAAACUGCAGUCGGUGACCAUGAUACUCCUGACGAAGUGAUGCACCUAGCGGCUGGCCUGCAAUUCGCCGGAGUUAAGAGUGUCGUCGGGACAUCAUGGAAAGUUAAUGAUAGUACUGUGCAGCGCUUAGUUGAGGCCUUCUACAGAAACUUUUGCGGGGAUGGCACGAUGAAUUCCAAACGAGCUGCUCGAGCGCUGCACCGAGCGGUCCAGUCGUUGGCUUGCGACACGGACAUGCCCUUGGACCAGCGCAUAGUCUUUGUGCAUAUUGGCAUAUGA